UGAUUCAUUGUCCUUGUCACGUUGAAUUUGUUCACGUCGUUGUUCGGUUUUGGUUAAGUUUUAUAAAUAUCGUAGAACUUCUAUAAUUAUGUCCCUUAUACUUACGAAAGCUGCUUUAGCACUCAAAAACGCAGAGAACAAUUUUCAAUUUGUCAAAUUUGAAGCGCAUAAACCAAAAAAGAAGCAAGCAGAAGAAGACAAUGAGUUGAAACUUAGUCAGAAGGACUUGAAUCAAAAGAAAGACUUAGAUCUUAAGAAAAUCAGGCAUGAAGUUGUGAAAUUUGGUAUGUCAGGGUUCGACCCGUCGAAGAAAGAAGAAGCCAGGAUUGCACUUGCGGUUAGUUUAGGAGCAAAACCACCCAAGAAGGAAUAUCUCAACUACAAGGAACUAAUGCAGAAGAGGAAACAGGAGAAACAGAAGGAACAAGAAGAGAAGCAGAUGAUGAGAUCGAAGAGCAUGCUGCAGAGCGGUGGAAAGAAGAAGAAAAAGACUGGAAAUGAUGUUGGGCACUUGUUAGAUACAUACGGGAAGGUUCAGAAAAAGGAUUUGAAGAAAAAAGAUGGACCAAGUACUAAAAAGAAGAGAAAGAAGUGAUUAUUUACUUUUCAGUAGGUGUGUAUGAAUUACUUUCUGUUAGAUCAAGUUAUGUGGCAUUUCCUAUUUUGCCUUUAAGCUUUUGCUGCAAAAGCAAAUUAAAUGUUUAAGAAGUAUGA